AUGUUUUCAAACUGCUUGCAGAAUAUCAUAAAAAUCACAAACGCUCACCUUCUACAUUCAGGAUUAUGCCACCGAUUAAUAAGAAAUAAAAGGAGGUGUUUUGGGACUGUGCCAACAUCCAGAUUGCACAGGCGGGUUGUCAUUACUGGCAUUGGUUUAGUGACUCCUCUUGGUGUUGGAACUCAACUGGUGUGGGACCGGCUGAUCCGAGGAGAGAGUGGGAUUAUUUCACUGGUUGGUGAGGAAUAUAAGAGUAUCCCUUGCAGUGUUGCUGCUUUUGUGCCAAGAGGUUGUGAUGAAGGUCAGUUCAAUGAACAAAACUUUGUCUCCAAAUCAGAUAUCAAGUCCAUGUCUUCCCCCACCAUUAUGGCCAUUGGGGCUGCAGAGUUAGCCCUGAAAGACUCUGGCUGGCAUCCUCAGUCAGAGGCUGAUCAAGUGGCUACGGGUGUUGCAAUUGGCAUGGGAAUGGUUCCUCUGGAAGUUGUUUCUGAAACUGCUUUGAUGUUUCAGACAAAAGGUUACAAUAAAGUCAGCCCAUUCUUUGUCCCUAAGAUUCUGGUCAACAUGGCAGCAGGCCAGGUCAGCAUUCGAUAUAAACUCAAGGGCCCUAAUCAUGCAGUAUCUACGGCCUGUACCACAGGAGCUCAUGCUGUGGGAGACUCUUUUAGAUUUAUAGCCCAUGGUGAUGCUGAUGUGAUGGUGGCUGGAGGUACAGAUUCCUGCAUUAGCCCUUUAUCUCUUGCUGGGUUUGCCAGAGCCCGUGCUCUGAGCACAAACCCUGAUCCUAAGUUAGCAUGUCGACCAUUUCAUCCAAAGAGAGAUGGUUUUGUCAUGGGAGAAGGUGCAGCUGUGCUGGUGCUGGAAGAACAUGAGCGUGCUGUUCAAAGAGGAGCCCGGAUCUAUGCAGAAAUUUUGGGCUAUGGACUCUCAGGUGAUGCUGGUCACAUUACUGCCCCCGACUCCGAAGGAGAAGGUGCCUUAAGAUGUAUGGUUGCUGCUGUAAAGAAUGCAAAUGUACAGCCCGAAGAGAUAUCUUAUGUCAAUGCACAUGCUACUUCCACACCACUAGGAGACGCUGCUGAAAACAAAGCUAUCAAGCAUCUUUUCAAAGACCAUGCUCAUGCCCUCGCCAUCUCCUCAACGAAGGGAGCCACGGGACAUCUGCUGGGAGCUGCAGGGGCGGUUGAGGCAGCGUUUACUGCUCUGGCGUGUUAUUACCGACAACUACCACCUACUUUAAACCUGGAUUAUACAGAACCAGAAUUUGAUCUCAAUUAUGUUCCACUGAAGGCACAGGAAUGGAAAACUGAGAAAAGACGUAUUGGACUCACCAAUUCCUUUGGUUUUGGUGGUACUAAUGCAACACUUUGCAUUGCUGGCAUGUAG